UCUUUGCCAGUUCCCACUUCCACAAUUAUCCGCUUCGUUUCCCCCAGAAACUUCUUCUCAUUAUGUCGUCCGUCGUGGAGCUGAAUAAUGCCGCCGUAGGUUCGGGUUCUUCUCCUGAAGAGAAUUCCACCGGCGCCGGCGAACAGGUGAUGGCCGACCUCCCUUCCCAUGCUUUUCUCGCUGCUGCCCUCUCUCUCAAGGACCAGGUGGUGGAGGCCACGUGGAGAUCAGGGGACGGUGCGGGUCCGGGUGCCGACCCGACCCUGUUUACCGGGUUGCUGGGCACAGCUUUCACCUGUUUGCGUUCCUACGAGGUCACCGACAACCCGCUGGACCUGGCGCUCUGCUCCGACAUCGUCGACGCGUGUGCCGCCGCCGCUGCUCCGUCCAGGCACGUGACAUUUUUAUGCGGUAGAGGAGGGAUAUACGCCAUAGGAGCAGUUGCUGCCAAUUACAAAGGGGACCAUCAACGACGCGACUUCUUCUUGCACAUGUUCCUCCAGAUGGCCCAAGAGCCCGCGCUCCCUAUUGGGCCGGAGGAAGGCGGGUUCGGGAUGUCCUACGAGUUGAUGUACGGGCGGGCCGGGUUCCUGUGGGCCGCUCUCUUCAUAAACAAGCACCUUGGCGCAGGAACCGUCGAUGACGAUGUUGUGGUGGCCGUGGUGGAUGCGGUGCUGGCUGGUGGCAGGGCCGGGGCGUCCGACAACCCGGCCUGCCCGCUCAUGUACCGGUGGCACGGGACCAGGUACUGGGGCGCGGCCAACGGCCUCGCCGGAAUCCUCCACGUCUUGCUUCACUUCCCGCUGUCUCCGCAAGACGCGGAGGACGUGAAGGCUACAUUGAGGUACAUGAUGAGCAACAGGUUCCCUCACAGCGGGAACUACCCUUCGAGCGAAGGGAACCCUAGGGAUAACUUUGUCCGGUGGUCACAUGGCGCGACGGGCAUGGCCAUCACCUUGUGCAAAGCAUCACAGGUGUUUCCGGAUGAGAGGGAAUUCAGGGACGCGGCGAUAGAAGCAGGGGAAGUUGUGUGGAGGAGUGGGCUGGUGAACAAGGUUGGACUGGCCGAUGGGGUGGCUGGAAAUGCGUAUGCUUUCCUUUCGCUUUACCGGCUCACCGGGGAGAGGGUUUACGAGGAACGAGCCAAGGCGUUUUCGGGCUACUUGUAUCAUAACACCGGGAGCGAGGUGACGAGUGUAGUAGGCUCUGGUAAGGUUAGCGACAUUGGGCAUGGUGGGUGGUCUCUGUUCCAGGGUCUUGCGGGGAUUGCUUGCUUGUGGUUUGAUGUCGUUGCGCCGGAGAAGGCUCGUUUCCCUGGCUUUGAAGUUUGAACUGCAAGGGAAGAGCUAGUGUCUGCUUAAUUGGCGUCUGGCGAGGUUGGAAGGGUACUCUAAAGCUGAGAAAUGCACCUACUUAAUUAAAAAGCAUACUUGUUGUAUAUGUAUGUAGAAAUUCCCAACUACGUUGUUCUUCUAGAAUGAAGAUAGACCUGUGUACAACGUGUGUUGUGACAAAUAAAUUUAUCAUAUACUUGUAGAGACAAGCAACAACACAAAGUUUACAUCUCGUUCUCUUCUGCUAGGGCAUUCGUUUUGUUUUGCAUUUUUGCCUUUUUCAUUUUUGGACAGCCUGUUCUGCCUUUCUCGCUGCCUUCGAUAUUGCCAUAUUGGGGAGGUUUGGUCCUCCUCUAUCUGUUUUGUUCUAUAUGCCUUAUUUCGUUUGUAGUUUUGUUUUUCUUUCUUUGAGAUAAAUUCUUUUGAUCUCUUUCUCUUUUCAUUUUUUACUUUCUCUUGUAUUGGGACUCCUCUGUUUGCUUUUAUUUUUAAUAUAGUGAUUCGGGAUUAAAUGUACACUUUUUAU